UUACUCGACUCCGAGUGCGCGACCGGUCGCGAUCGCGCGCUUUGCGUUCUUCCGAUAGUAACCGUUCGUUGAUACCAAAUCGUCGGAUACCAAAAGUUCAUAUUUCGGUGCAGUGUGUGUAUUGGUUUAAUAAAAUUAGAGUGCAUUGGUGGAGAUUGUUUUUUAUCGUUCAUUGUUUAUGUGAUAAAAAUGUACUAACAAAACAACACAUAAAAUUGAAAAAUCGUGCGCGAACCGUAUUAAGGUUGAUUAUGCCGUGAAUAAAAAACAGUGCCUAAAGAAAGGAAUAGUGAGACGAAUGGAUGCGGCGAUGCAGCGGAAAGGUAGUGUAGCCGACAAGCGUUAACGCAGCGUGCAUCCGUAGCGUGAGCGCGCAGCAGUAUGUCGAGUGCGCUGUCGCCCGGCGCCCCGGCCACCAGCGACGACCAGCCGCGACGGCGCUCUGUCUUCUACGUGCCACUGUUCGAGAGCUUUGACAACUACUUACCGCUGACGCCAGAAGAAAAAGACGCGCUCAUCACUGGAAAGAACAUAGAACACGUCACCGCUAAACCAAAACGGAGGGAUGCCUCAGCGAACGGACGAUUGCAAAUCCCGUCUCGAGGUGAUUCAUCCUUUACAGAAAGUGAAAGCGAGGUUAGCUUAUUCAGUUCAGAACGACGUUUCCGACGGCCUCUAUCAUCGACGGCAAGCUCUAGUGAGGCGUUGACUAGAGUGUGUCAGCGGGACCUCAUCAGCCCUCGGCUCGUUGCUGACAACGCUCUCAUUAGAUCAUCCAAGCCUAGGUUACGGAGCACUACUUCGUGCGAGCCUCGAUACGAUAGAAUAUACACACCGCUAGGUGCAUCGAUCUCAUCGCGUAAUUUAAACACUUCUACUAACAAUAUUGGAAAUAAUUCUUCAAUUAUGGAUUCGAAUUUAUCUUUGAUUCCGGAUUCUCCAAAACUUAUGUCACCUCCCAAGGAGAAAUCAAAGACAUUACCACAAAACCUCAAUGUGCCAUCGCCGAUUAGAGGCAGUAGUAGUUCGACUUCUAUAUUUAGAACGCCCCGAAUAACUGUCACGCCCGAUAGUCCAAACAAGAGUCCAGGGAAAAUGUCUGGGCUGAGUUUCAUUCGACGCUCGCGAAGUACAAAAUUAUCUCGAAGUAACUCCUUACUUAGAAGUAUAACUGCGAGGCAUAUAGAGGAGGGAUUAGAAGAACAAUUGGCAGUGGUGACAGACUUGACCGAGGAUUAUGACAAGUUUGUUGACAUUAACGGGGGUGAAACUGAAGUGAUCGGUGCUCUCAUCAAAAAGAAUGAUGCUCAGAUCGCAAACAGUCCCCUGAGUAUUCGCCGAGCGUACCUCGACGUGGACGACGACGUCGCCGUACAUUCGGACACAUCAUACGAGAAAGCAUGUCGGCGUGGUUCGGCGCCGAGCACGCCGGUGCCCGGUGCGCAGGCGCAACACAGCCCUUCGCGGUUGGCAUCGUUUUUCUUCUCAAAGCGUUCAUUCAGGAGCAACCCGCUCAAGAGGACGAAGUCCGCCACCAAGCUGGAGAGGGAGCGAGCCCUGGCGGCCGUCCCCACUCAUCCGCCUACACACGCCUUAAGGACGUCAAGGUCUCACGAGAGUUUGCUAUCAGCACAUUCGCCCGCAGUAUCUACUAUGGAUUUGGGACCUCCGAAUCAAGUGGAAAUCCGGGCGCUACACUCGUCGGUCCUGGGCAGGCCGCACUGUUUCGCGUUGAGCGCGGAGAACCGCGCGCCUCGAUACUUCGCAUGCGCAUCGCGGAAGGAGCGCGACCGCUGGAUAUACAGCUUGCGGCAAGCGGCACGGCCGGAUGAGAUUCGCACGCGCCGAUGUGAACGGACCGUCAAACUGUGGCUGCUCGAGGCGAAGGCGAUACCGCCCAAGAAACGAUACUACUGCGAGAUCAUGCUCGACGACACGUUGUACGCCAGGUCAUCAUCGAAGCUGAAGACGGAGCUGUGUUUCUGGGGCGAGGUGUACGAGUUCAGCGCGCUGCCGCCCGUGCGCGCCAUCCACGUCAACGUGUACCGCGAGCCCGAGCGACGCUCGCGCAAGCGGGACAAGCACGCGCUAGUCGGCACGGUGCGCAUACCGGUCGACGACGUAUCGUCGCGAUACCUCAACGAGCGGUGGUACCCGGUGAGCGAGAGCGACAAGCCGCAGUCGCCGGGCGGCGCGCUGCCUGCGCCCGCGCUGCGCAUCAAGUGCCGCUACCAGUGCGUCGACGUGCUGCCGCUCGACUGCUACGCGAGGUUCCUCGACUACCUCAAGCGGAACUACCGCCGGCUCUGCGAGUACCUCGAGCCGGUUAUAGGAGUGAAAGCGAAAGAAGACAUAGGAUGUGCAUUAGUGUUGUGCAUGGCGGGCGCGGGCUUGGCGCCGCGGUACCUCGCGGACGUGGUGGCGCUCGACGUGCGCCGCACCGGCGACCACUCGCUCACCUUCCGCGGGAACUCGCUCGCCACCAAGAGCAUGGAGGCGUACCUGAAGCUAGUCGGCGAUCAAUAUCUGCAGGACACGUUGGGCGAGGCGGUGUGCGCGGCGGCGGGCGCGGGCGCGGCGGAGUGCGAGGUGGACCCGCUGCGCGCGGGCGGCGGCGCGGCGCUGCGCCGGCAGCAGGCCGCGCUGCGCGACGCCGUGACGCGCGCCUGGCGCUCCAUACACGCCUCCGCGCCGCACUUCCCGCCGCCGCUCAGGGACUGCUUCGCUACAUUUAGAGAAAGGUUAACAUCAAUGGGUCGCGAGGACAUCUCCGACAAUCUGAUUAGCGCGUCCAUAUUCCUUCGCUUCCUCUGUCCAGCUAUACUGUCUCCGAGCCUCUUUGGAAUUACUCAUGAAUACCCGAACGAGCGUGCGGCACGCAACUUGACGUUAGUGGCGAAGACUCUGCAGACGCUGGCCAACUUCACGCGCUUCCAGGGCAAGGAGGCCUUCAUGGAGUUCCUCAACGACUUCCUCGAGCAGGAGGCUCCCAACAUGAAGGCGUUCCUCAGAGCAAUAUCGUCGCGGCCACCAGACCACCAACAACAAAUGCACCAACAUCAAGAAGGCAGCAACAGGAACUCCUCGGCGUCGCAGGGAUCCACUGUCGGCUCAGAAGGGUCCCGAGGGGACGCGUGCGUAGAACCCGACCCUGAGUGGGCGCCGCACGUAGACCUCGGCAAGCAGCUCGCGACCCUCCACGGACUGUUGGUCGAUAGUUUACAAAAAUUACCUCCUGCUAAGAUUCAGGAAUUGGACCCGUUGUCCGACAUACUGGACGAACUAAGCAAGAGGUUAGUGAGCAACGAUAACGGACCGACGCAGCCAAUCUCUGACAAUAUAUUUAGGUUCAACGACCCGACGUGCAACACAACACCAAAACAAAUGAACGUGGUUGAACCGACAACAAACGGUCAGAUGAACAGCAACUUCGCUCACAGCUCGCCGAUCAUGAACAAAAACGGCGUGCAGUUCAACAUCAGCCCAUCCAAAUCCAACGCCGAGGAGUCCAAAUACAAGGGGGGUUACGUCGCCGUUUCCAAAUCGCCAAGUUUCAACCUCAGAUCAGCCACUCUACCGAGGAACGGAUAUGGAUCCAACCCUGUCAAUCAAAACGUGAACCCUGAUCGGUACAGCUCGCAGUACAACAACCAAGAACACUGCGUCAAUCUAAAGGUCGUGCAAAUUGGCUUCGGAUCUGAUCAGUACCCGAAAGGAAUCAGCAACGGAGUCAAUGAAAGUCUCGAACGCAGAAUGCAAGAGAGGUAUAAACCGAACAACUACACCCAACAAGGGCAUUACCACAACUCCAACUAUAAUAAUAGCACAGAAAGAUCUCCGAGUAAUGACAGUAUUAACCAUAAUUAUUGCACGAAUGAUAUGCAAAACAUAAUGAAAGAAACGGCUAACAUAGAGGAACUGUCAGAUUUGUUGAAGUACGCUGACGAUUCUGACAUCGUUGAGGACAAACUCAUUAUAAACAAAAAGAAUUUAACCCAGUCCAAAUCGAACAAUAACAACAACAUCGUCAACGGAAACAAGACAAAUUACACAAACAACGGCUCGAAUGUCUCGAUUAGUGGACUAUCAAAUGUAGCAAGUUCCGGCUACCAAAGCAUUGCAACGUACAGCCAAAGUUCUAGUCCUAUUGAAAACACAACGCAUCAUCAUCAAUCGUACGAGAACGGUGGUCAGCCGAUGAGCCGAUAUUCGCAGCUAAAUUACCAAAAACAGAGAGAAAAACAAUAUUACGAUAGCAAAAAUGAGAAAUUCUAUCCAAAGAGCCCAGUGCAACAAAAAAUCGAAUAUGAUAUCCAAAAAUACGGUAUACAAAACUUCACAACAGCGGACAACGCGCAAACAAACACCAACAUGAACACUAAGAUAGCGCCAUUAGUAUUCACGAAUCCGGUUUACAACAUGGAGGACAACCGCCAGUCACAGGAGAAGAAGAAUAAUGAAAAUAGAAACUCAAAGCGUUGUGCUUGUGGUUCAUCCAGUUCAUCGAUAGAUGAGGAGGGCUUGAGCACGGACAACGUGGAAACUAACUCGGAAGAGGGUUCUACUAACUUCAAUGAGGAUAGUAGAAACUAUGACCAACAGAACCGCAACAAUACCCACCGAAAACUCACCAGAGAUAAUUGUAAUUAUGAAGAUUUGUACCAGAGGAGCAACCAUAGUCACUCGCCGAGAAUAAGGGAUGACGAGUCGUCAAGCAAUUCGCCAAGUCUGCGGAAAAGUAGCAAAACGCGAAUGCCCAGGACGAAUCCUAUGCUUUCUUACUCCACGAAUCAAAAUCAGUUGAACCUGAAACAUUUCGGCCAGAGGGGAGAGACGCUAUACGAAAGCAAGCCUCACCAUAUAUCCACUGAUUCUGGUUAUCCUAUGAGCAGGUCUGAUUCCAACGUGGAGGAAGUGAACAAAGAAAUGUAUAGACUACAGAUAUCGAGGAGUCAGAAGGCGUUGUAUAAUAUGGAGAGCACUAAAAAUUCUCCAGAGAAAUAUUCCAUAACAGAAAGUACAAUUCCCGAAACGAAUUAUCCCUUAGACAGGACUUACUCUGGUGCAAAAAUAUCUAGCAGUAGGUUGAAUGAGGAUAUGGAAAGACAUCAGGAUUACUAUGGAGUGCGAGAGAGGAGGGAGUCUCCUUCGAGAGGGCUGUUUAACCGCGAGUCGCAGUCCAGUGAAGCCAGCGAGCGUGCGCCUGUGAGGACCGAGCGAGAGAUCCCGGGCCGCGACAAGCUGCAGAGGCGGCUGAGCUUGGAGUCCGCCAGGGAACUGACGGAGAGCUCAGACGAGAUGGAGGACACGCUGUACAGCACCACGGGCCGGCGGCGUACGUCCAAGCAUCACAGGACUAUUGAACAGUAUGAACGUGAAAUAGAGAGGUUGAAGUGCUCAGUGGAACUAUUACGGGGGAGACUGGGACCAUCCGAGCCUGGCCAGGACCAUACCGAUGCCAAAAUGAAGGCUAUUAUUUCCAGGUUAAUUUGCGUCGAAGAAGAACUGAGGCGGGAACAGCGCAAGAUGGCCGCUGCUUUGUCGCACAAACAGCGUGUGAUCGAGGCGCAAGAGCACAGGAUUGCGGCGUUGGACGAGGCCAACACGAGGCUCCUCUCGGCACUCGUCCAUCUACAACAGCGCGCCCCCCACCCCGCGCCCGCGCACCCCCCCGCUCCACACAACUCACACCCCUCGCCGCACUCGCAACAUUCACACCAAGAAUUACAAAUAUAAAUCUAUGUAUUAUACAGCGUGGUGCUACAUGUACGUUAUGAUUAUGCAUUUACUGAUGUUAAAAUCUUGUGCAAAUUUGAUGAAGUUUAUCUGUUAUAUUUCAAAUAUUUUCCAAUACUUUGUAUAUAAACUGAGAAUGCUAAAAUAAAAUGUGUUCAAUGUUGAAAUCAAACAAUAUUGAUUUCAAGCAUUAAAAAGAAACAGUGAAAUUGAUUCAUUAAACCCGAAAUUGUAUUAUAUUAAUAAUGAAAUGUCUAUGCAGGAUGCCGUACAUGAAUUUCCGCGCUGUAGAGCUUAGCAAGUAGUAGAGGGGUGACGUAGUCGCUGAACUGAAUAGAAAUCGUAAUUGCCUUAAGUAAUGUGCGAUCUACCCCGCUCUCCUUCCGAGUGUAAGUUAUUCAGAGCAAUGUUUAUUCAUUAACGUUCGUUAGUUCAGAUCGAUAAUACAUAACAAAAUAUAAACUUAGUCGUCUCUCUUGUAUUUUUAAUUGCUGAAAUAGUGACGAAUGCGUUUAUUAAUAUUCUCGCACAAAUUGUUCGAUGUUUCUAUGUGUAAUGAACUAAUAUUUUAUUAUAAACAAUAUUCAAUUAAUAUUUAUGCACAAUUCGUCUGAAACUGUGAGAAAUUUCUAUCAGAUUAUAUUUAAAUAUUUUGCAUGCAGUAAUUGAAUCGCCGUUGAGGCAAAUUUGUUAUCGUAAUUGUUUACAAAUCACAAUGUUCGUUUUGCCAUUGUAUUAUUUUUGUUACACUUGUUUCAUAAAUUUAGUUAUAAUGAAUGAUGCUUUAACCGAUGUUAACAGUUCGUUCGAUCAGUAUUGAUUUAAAACUGGGUUCUGUUCGCGCCGACAUGUUUGUUUUGUUUUCUAUAACAAUAAUUAUACCAAAGACGAUUGAAUAUCUCUUAGGACUAUAUUUGCAGCGGUCAAGUGACGCCGCUGCAACUGUAGAGCACUAGUGUUUUAAAAUAAAACGUUAAUAGAUUUUAUAAUAGUAAUCGUAAGACUUGUAUGAUAAUAUUCUUAGAGGAAAUUUAAGGAAAUGUGGUAUAAACAAAAAAUAUUUUUAAUAUCAUUGGAGUAUUAUAGUGCGGAUUAUAUAUAAUGGUAUGAAAUAUUUGUAUCGCUGAAAAAAUAAAUUGUACCUACAUUUUAAAUUAAGAUGUUUCAAUUUGUAACUCACACAUUCUACAACUUAGUUGUUUUACAGUGAAAAAUAUAAUUUUAAGCCGUAACAAUGUAAAGUAUACCUGAACAAAGGUAUAUUAACUUUAUCACAUUAAAUUAUAAAUUAUGUA